AUGGCCUAUUACAAUGACCCCCAAUGGCAAGUCCCCGGCCGCCAGGCUUCGUGGGAGCAGCCUCAACCUCCUUCGCGAUCGGGUAUGCAUAAGGAAUUGAGCAUGCAGGUCGGCAUGGGGAAUAACUGUAUUGCAGGCGCCAGUUCAACUGUGAACAACAGGGACGAGCCCAUGGCUUUUGUAUCCCAGUUUGAAGAGAUCGACCGCGCAUACGAGAACAUGGCCAAGAGCGGAAAGGGUUUUGGUUACCCCAUGAUGGGUCCUCGCCGUGAGUCCAUGCCCAUGAUGGGUCUACGUCCUUACCUCGAGUAUGAUCCUCGCAUGGGUCCCCAGCGCCACCACUCUCUGACCGAUUACGACGGCAUGCGCUCCCACUCGGCCUCCAACGUCCAGGGCUACUAUCAGAACCAGCGAUAUAUGCCGCGACCCAAUGACGCCGACCAAAUGGCUCAGGCGAAGCGUCGAAUGGCUGCCCAGCGUGAGCGUGAGCUGCGCAACUACCACCAGGAGCAACAGUAUCACAGAAAUAUUUCUGGUUCCAAGUCCGACCGCUCCAUGAGUCCGAACACGAUGAGUGAAGAGGAACGUCGAGAGCUCAUUGCUCGCCAGCAUCGUGCUCUCUAUGGCGAUCAGUCGGCUCUGUACAGUAGCAACAAUCCCACCUCGAGCCAGGACGUUCGAGUCAACGCCUCUGGCGCCGGUCGUGGUUCCUCCCCUCUGGCCUUUGAUCCUUUCGGUAUGCAAGCUCAGAAUGCCUCCAAGGAAAGUGCGGUCCAGAUGCCUGCAAGGGACAAGGAUGUCACCGGAGGCGCUCAGGAUAUGCGCGGCAACAGCAAUCCCUCCCCCUCCGCCACCCAGAACCCUAGCUUCAGCCUGUUUGACAACUCUCAGCAGGCUAGCCGCACCUCCAACUCGUCUCCUGGCGGCUCCCCUCCUCUCCAAGGCAACAAGGGUCCCAAUUCCGGCGUCGCCCCCAUCGGCACCCGCCCUACGGCCAACCAAGGCCAGCCGGCCGGUGCGCCUCUGAGCAAGCGUGCGACUACCCCGCUCCCCUCUCCGCUUAGCUAUUCCUAUAAUGCCAGCGACCAGAACAACAACGUCCCCAACUCGACCUCUGGCUCGCUGAACCCUUCGUCCACCGUCACGGACAAGGGCCCCAUCUGGGGCAACAAAUCUGGUGUCUGGGGAAACACUCCUUCUCAGGGCGUGCAGGCCUCCGUUUGGGGUUAG